AUGAGAAGCCCGUGGCCCUUCGCGGUGUGGGGAAUAGACCUUAUUGGGUCUCUCCCCACAGGAAAAGGUGGGGUUAAAUAUGCAAUAGUGGCAGUGGAUUACUACACGAAAUGGACAGAGGCUGAACCUAUGAAGACUAUAAUAGCUAAGAAAUCUUUGGACUUUGUUAUAAAAUACAUUGUGUGUCGAUAUGGGUUGCCUCAUAACAUAGUCUCACACAAUGGUAAACAAUUCAAUUGUGAUGAGGUCACAGAAUUCUACAACAAGCACGGAGUCAUCAAGAGCUUCUCCGCAGUUUCAAGGCCACAUGCAAAUGGAAAGGCAAAAUCCGUCAAUAAGAUAUUAAAGGUCAUUCUUAAGAAAAAACUCUUGGCCUGCAAAAACAAUUGGCCAGAAGAGUUCAAAAUAGAUAUUGAAUCUUAA